UGAUGGACAAUUGCGAUGAGUUCUGACUCGAAAUGCCAAAGGGGUUUUUCAGGAAUGAAUAUUAUUCGAGCUGCUCUGAAAUUUAGUUUGAUUCAUUAUGUGUGCAUGUGCAUGAAGGUGGAGGAGGCUGUUCGGAAGCUUGAAGAGGAGAUUGGGCCACUCAGUGGUCCAGUUGUUGGUGGUCUGCGAGAGCAUGUAUGGCGCCGUCCUCGGGCAGCAGAGGUCCAAGUCAUGAUUGGGCAUAUCCUUGACCAGGCUGAGAUUCUCAUGGACACGUUUGAUGAGCUGCCCGACGGUCUCUGCAUUCAGGGUUCUGAUGAAGCCAAACUAUCAGGAGCAGAAUGUUUUGUAUGCAGCGAGAAAGGUGCUGUUGUUACUUGCAGUGGAAAGCAGUGUGGGCGAGUUUAUCACCUUCAAUGUGCUGGUCUGUGGGUCGUGCCUCCCGCUGGGAUGUGGCUUUGUCCAUCAUGCGGUGCAAAGGCGGCGGCACUGUCAACCCCCGGAUCCCAGGACGACUGGUUUUCUCUGCUGGAUUCGAGCAACUUCACAGCUGGAGGACUGAAGUACAACAACAAUUUCGCCGCAGGGGAUAGAGAGAAGAUUCAGACAACAAGCUCAUCGUCAGUGCGUACUCUUGCUGCCCCCAUUGUGGUCUACUUCUCUGAGAUAAGGUCAACGUCUGUGCGUGUUCACUGGAAGAUGCCGGAGGGUGAAGGAGCUGGGUUCUGCGAUCAAGGCAUCAUCAAGGGGUUUAAGGUGUGGCACAAGAAAGUGGCAAACAAUGCUCAUGAUGACAAGUUCGGUGCACCUCCAUGCGUCCCAGCAUCUUUCAGCUCGUUGUCGGUCCUAGGACUUGACUCUGACACCCAGUACGCAUUUAAAGUGGCAGGAGUAACUGCAGACGGAGAUGGACAAGCCAGUGCGAUAGCAAUCUGUCAAACUCUACCCACUGAGUCCGGCCAAAGCAAACUUGCGCAUAGCAGCGGUAAAAGUUGGUGCCCAGCGUUGAAUCCACCAGGCCCAGCUGUUCCUAGCUCAAGGCUUCACAACAUGGCCCCUGAUUCAACAGUGACAAGUGAUGAGCACGGUGAGAAAGUUAUCGACGGGCCAAGGCCUCAUGACCAGGUUAUUCAUGUUGAGAUGCCUCACCCUAACACAGUGCAAAGUGUGACGGACUCAGGCGCGGAUGGAAGAGGACCUGCAUUCGAUACGUGUCAAAGGGAUCGGGAUAUGGGGUGGACGAGAGGUGGCGAGAUGAUGAUCCUGCAACCUUGCAGAAUGAUGGCUCAAGAGAAACAGUUCGAUGUGCCGGAGGCUGUGAGAGGAGAAGGAAGUGGAAGUGCUGGGUAUGGAGGAAUGGCUACGGGAAGCCAGGAGACGAGUCUUGAGGAAGGUGUGUGUGGAGGAGGAGGGACAUAUCAGGAGCAACUGCCUGUGAAUACUGUCGUCGGACCAGGACGAGUGAUGCUAAACGAAGGAGAUCGGGAGAUCGUUAACUGCUUGCGUCAUGUUUGCUUGUUGGAGAAGAGUGGUCAUCUCAGCAAGGAUUUCCGGCUCAAGUUCCUAACGUGGUUCAGCCGGAGAGCAAGUGACGCAGAGAAGAAGGUGGUUGCAAUGAUACUGUGUGCUCUAGGGGAUGAGCCAGCGACGCUGGCAGAGCAGCUAGUUGACACGUUCUCGGAGCUCAUUGGCACCUUGCCUGGAGGAAAGACAGAACUGAUGGAAGCAAUGCACAUGGAAGGAUUCGUCAAUGGUUUACGAGAGGCUUCGGCAGUUGAGAGGGCAUCAACAGCAGCAGGAGCAUUAACAUCACCGGUAACUGGCGCAGGUGGAAUCAUAUCUGACGUACCACCCGCUGCUGUCCCAUUGCUUGUGCCCGCCGGGGGAGAGGAUGGCUUGGAGGGCCUAAGAGCACCAGGUUCAGAUCUCUUGGAAGCACCUUUCAUCAACUGGAAAGUGGACUGAAUAGCAGGGAACGCCAUAUAAGCUUAACACCACACCUUCUAACUCCUAGAGAGUGCUUGUUAUCCUGAGGCUGUCACACUUGACAUGAAUGAAAUGAUGUGGCAUGUAGUAGGGACUAGGUGGGUGUCAGAUCAAAGUAAGGCCCAGUGUAUGUGUUGUAGGACUCAGUGGGUGUCUGAUCAAGUAAGGCCCAGUGGUGAUUGUCGGAUAAAGUUGCCCCUUAGGAGCAGGGAAAGGGUAUAAUAGAUGCUGUACAGGUAUGGCAGGAUUUGUGGGUGGAUGGCAUGUUAUUGCUGUAGAGAAACCGUGAUAGCAUAUUGACUUGAAGAAGGAGGCUCCUGGGGCAACUGCUAUACGGGUAGGUCGUAUGGCGUAUGUGUAUUGUUGGGAAGAAGCUAUAUGUCAUUUUACAAUCCUGCCAGAAUUUUGGACUGUUUGGUGUGUAGUAGCUUGAGGCAUCAAGCAUGCAGUGCCUGGAGGGUCGCGAUCGAGUGGAUUCAGUACAAGCAUGCAUCCGGGAAGCUGAUCCCAGUGCUGGCAGCUUUCCUUCAGACAGACAGUGUCAGACACCUUUGGAAUCAAAUCCCAGAGGGCAAUUCCAGCCGCACCAUCAGCCUCUUAAUGCUCAUGGAUGUGCCACGAGCUUUGUUCGCGCGCGAACAAUCAGCUCACAAGAGUCACAACUUCAAAUCGUUCAUGCACGAGGGUUCGCCCUCUAACACAGAUUGGUUGGCCAGCGCCAGAGCAACUUCAGAUUGUCGAUGGGAAAGGGGAAAGAGUUUGUCCGAGGAGCGAGGAGAACGGUGAGGUACUCAUCUUGGAUGAGCACUGGAAAUCAGUUAUAUGAUUGCCUUAUGCUCAAAGAUAAGCCAUGUCGGAAACGUAUGUCCAUACAUACUAUUUGAGUGUGGAUCGGUAGCUUCCUUACGAUUCGAAGGGAGUCGAUGUAAGUACAUUUUCUCAGUGUGUGAUGAUUUGUUGCAGAUGUGCAUAUCAAGGUGCUCUGUUAUUCCAACUCACUCGUGUUCGCACUAGUGGGUUCUGGAUGUAAUGCCAGUGGUCAUAGGAGUACCUUUGUCUCUGCACUGUUCGACACUGACAUUUCGUUCUUGGUGUGUAUAGCUAUAACAUGGCCGGUUCUCGGGGUGUGUGUAUGCGUAUAGCAACCCUGUAGCAAUGCUCUGUUAGGCAUUUUUACAAGAAGACCGUCCGUCCUAGGCUUCCGCACAAUGAUCAGGUCUGCUUGCUUAUCGCCUGGCAGACCGAAGCAGCUCAGGGUAGGAAUAGCCAUUGAAUUGCAGAUGUAUGUGGCAGUAGGUCAUGCCAUCUACGCUUUGCCUUGUCAUGUCCCAGGGGCUGUAGUAUGGCAAAUGCAUCUGGACUUUCUGCUGACAGCGCUGGUCAUUUCUACCCGUGUUCUCCUUCAUACCAUAGUUAGUAAGGAAUUGGCAUACGCCACAGCAAGACACUGUCUUUUUUCAAUUGCUCGCUGUGGCCCACUUCAUGGCGCAUUUCCACCUGUGUCAAUCUUGGUCGCAUUGCACUGUGUGACUUUGUUGUUCGUCAGACCGCGAUAGGUCGUGGCUUGUCUAUUCCUGCCUGGACGAAUCACGCCGCGCCGUGAUAGGUCGUGGCUUGUCUAUUCAUGCCCGGACGAAUCACGCCAGCAGGGCGCGAUAGGUUGUCGCUUGUCUAUUCCUGCCUGGACGAAUCACGCCAGGCCGCAAUAGGUCGUGGCUUGUUGUCUAUUCCUGCCUCGAGCAAUCACUUCAGGCCAGCCGUUCGGUUAUCUCAGGAUCGA